AUGUUUGUCUCAGCUUCAUCCGCUGAUAAAAGUGGUGGCGAUGAUGAUGAUAAAUGUGUUCCACGUGCUGCUGUUCACAAAGUGAUUAAAGAUUGUGCACCAAAUAUUCGUGUAUCAGGUGAAGCCAAAGAAUUUUUUGUUCAAUGUUGUAAUGAAUUUAUCCAUCUAUUAUCAUCGGAAGCAAAUAGUGUUUGUGAAAAACAGACAAAAAAAUUGAUACAUCCCGAUCAUAUUGUAUCUGCAUUAGAAAAUCUUGGUUUUGGUUCGUACAAAGCAAAUUGUCGUGAUGCUAUGGAAACGGCUCAAGAAGAAUUAGCACAAAAACGAAAAAAAUUAUCAUCAAAACCGUCAAGUAAUUUUAGUGAAGAAGAAUUAAGACAACAACAAGAAGCACUUUUUGAACAAGCUCGUGAAGAACAAUUACAGUUAGAAAUUGAAGAAUGGCAUCGUACACAAGAAAUAUCAAAAGAAAUAUUACGACAAAAAAUGGAAGCAAGUAGAACUGAAGAUGAUAAUUAUGACUAA